UAAGUAAAUAUUGAAUGAAUGGGUGUAUAAUAGAAAAUAUUGUCCAGUCAUCACUCACUUAUCCAUGUCAUUUUAGAUGCUUAUUUUACUGGUACAUCUCACUCAUGUAGCCUACAUUCACUUGAAUUUAUGGGCACCCAAGCAUGCACCACAAGAACAAGAGUAGAGCAGUGUUUAGAAAUGGCGACGCCAGUGAAAGUGUACGGACCAGCCUUAUCCACCGCCGUGUCGAGGGUGUUGGCAUGUCUCCACGAGAAAGACACCCAAUUCCAACUCAUCCCAAUCAACAUGUCCAAAAGGGAACACAAAAACCCUGAUUUCCUCAAGAUUCAUCCCUUUGGCCAAGUACCAGCAUUUGAGGAUGAGGACAUUUCCCUCUUCGAAUCGAGAGCGAUAUGCAGGUACAUUUGUGAGAAACACAAGGAGAAAGGGAACAAGGAACUGUACGGAACGAACCCGUUGGCAAAGGCCUCCAUAGAUCAGUGGUUGGAGGCAGAAGGCCAGAGCUUCAACCCACCUUCUUCAACUCUGGUAUUUCAGCUCGCAUUUGCUCCGCGGAUGAAGAUUCCGCAGGAUGAAGGAGCGAUCAAGCAGAACCAGGAGAAGCUUGCGAAAGUGCUUGAUGUCUACGAUAAGAGGCUCGGAGAGACACGUUUCUUGGCAGGGGAUGAGUUCUCUCUGGCUGAUCUUUCUCAUCUUCCGAAUAUUCACUAUCUGGUCUCUGCGGAUGCCGACACCGCUUCCCUCUUCACUUCUUCCUCUAGGAACAACGUCUCCAGGUGGUGGUCUGACAUCUCCUCCCGUGACUCCUGGAUCAAAACCGUUGAUCUGCAACGAGCUCGUUGAGUUUCACAUGUGUUCGGAUUUCACUACUCUUGUAACAUCUUAUCUGUUUCUUUAGUUUCUUCCAAAUCUUAAAUAAAUGCUUUUGCUUGUCAAGUU